CGAGAACAGGAAGUGCUCCGCUCGGUUACGUGUCUCGUCUAGAGGUUCUGUACACAAAUAUCGCGGGCGGCUUAAUUUACAUCACAAGAUGUAAUUAUUCUCAUUAACCGGACCCGAAGACUUUCUCCAGAUAGCGCAGAGUCUGUAUUUACACAACCUGUGUUGAUGCUGUGUGUUUUGCCGGCGUGAGAGAGAAACAGCGGCCGGGUCAGGAUGAGCGGAGCGGCUCUCGCGCUGGAGGUGGUGGUGGUCUUCUUCCUCGCUCUCUUCCUUCUCCAUCGCUAUGGAGAUUUCCGCAGGCAGCACAGGAUGGUUCUGUUCGCCACCCUCCUCGCCUGGUUCCUGUGCUUCCUCAUCGUCUUCAUCCUCCCGCUGGACGUCACCACGACCAUCUAUAACCAGUGUGAGAUUGACAACCGGGUGCAUCCGAAGGCCAGCGACACUUUCAGUCCCGAUAACUCCUCCAACUCUUCAGUGCUUCCAACGCAAAGAGGACGGAAGACUUGUUUUAAACCAUGGAGCUACAUCCCAGAUGGAAUUCUGCCGGUGUUCUGGAGGGUCGUGUACUGGACAUCACAGUUCCUCACCUGGCUGUUGAUUCCCUUCAUGCAGUCGUACGCACGUUCAGGAGGAUUCUCCAUCUCGGGGAAGAUCAAAACGGCACUCAUUGAAAACGCCAUCUAUUACGGCACAUACCUGCUCAUCUUCUGCUCGCUGCUCAUAUACGUCGCCGUCAGUCCGCAGUGGCACCUCUCCUGGUAUGACUUGCGGACCAUCGGCAUUACGGCGGCCAAUACCUGGGGUCUGUUCCUGCUGGUGCUGUUGCUAGGAUACGGCUUGGUGGAAAUCCCGCGCUCCUAUUGGAGGGCGUCGUGCCAUGGGCAUCUGCUGACGAAGACGUAUUUUAAAGCGGCGAAACUGAUGACGGAGAAGGCGGAUGCAGAGGAAAACCUGGAAGAUGUGAUGGAGGAUGUCAGAACAGUCAGUGAAACGAUCAAGUACAAUCAUCCUCUGAGAAAAUGCAUCGAUACUAUCCUGAACAAGUGUCCUCCAGAAUAUCAGGAAAAGAUGAACCGAAACAUGGACGACUAUGAAGACUUUGAUGAUAAGGGAAAUCCUUACCCGAGUAAAAAGACUUUAGUCAAACUACACAAACGGGUGAUUUAUGCGGUUCAGAGGCAUAACCGCACUCACGUUCAGUGGCAGAUUCUAUUGGACGAAGCGUUUCAUUUAGAGGAUGUGGCCCAAAAUGAGACGAGCUCCGCCCAUCAGUUCAGUCACAGCUUCCCGUCAGCAGAACCGUCAGGAUGGAUCAGCAGAUAUCUGUACACGCCUGCUGUGGAGUGGUACUGGGAGUGUGUGUUUAGGCGCUGGUGUUAUCGUGUCCUGGCGGUGGUUUUGUGUGUGUUCUCGGCAGCGGUGGUCUGGUCUGAAUGUACCUUCUUCAGCACACAGCCUGUCCUGUCGCUCUUCGCCGUCUUCAUCCAACUCGCAGAGAGAGACUACAAUUACGUUUACAUUGAGAUGGCGUGUUUCUUCACUAUAUUCUUCCUGUGUUACUGCAUCUACUCCACUGUGUUCAGAAUCCGAGUUUUUAACUAUUAUUAUCUGGCUCCUCAUCACCAGACGGACGCUUACAGCCUGCAGUUCAGCGGAAUGUUGUUUUGUCGCUUGACUCCUCCACUGUGUCUCAAUUUUCUGGGAGUGAUUCAUAUGGACUCCACAAUCUCACACCAGCAGAGACAACAAACAGCGUACACUUCAAUUAUGGGAUCUAUGCAGGUUUUGUCUUUCAUUGCUAAUGGGUUUUAUAUUUAUUACCCGAUGCUGAUCGUUCUGCUCUGCAUCGCCACAUACUUCAGUUUGGGAACCCGCUGUCUGAAUCUGUUGGGUUUUCAGCAGUUUAUGGGUGAGAAUGAUCUGACCUCUGACCUGGUGGAUGAGGGGAGAGAACUCAUCCGUAGAGAGAGGAGGAAACGCCAGAGAACAGAAGACGGAGACAACAGACGCAGAGAGUGGAGGGAGCGUUACGGUGAACACUCGGGGAGGAGCAGGAGCACAUACUCUGAGCUGAAGGAAUCAGACGGCUCCGGUACAGACACAGGAAGAGGUCAGAUUCGUAGAGAUCGCAGUGACAAGACUGAAUUAUUGCAGGACGUGGAGCCAUUAGACUUCAAUGAAGAUGAACCUUUGGAGACAGAAGAAAGGAGGUACGCAGGAGGUCAUUACCUGUCCACCUCUGCAUCUCGCUCUCGCAUCUUUGAUGACGUAUGAAAACAAGGAGGAUGAAAGUCAAACUCUUUGCACUUUUUUAACUUCAUACUCUUCUAGAAGAAUCCAGUGAGGGACAGCAGCGUGAAUGUUUGUGUGUGUCUUUCUGUAACGUGUUUCCUCUGUGGGUGUGCGUGUGUGCACACGUGUGUGUGGACUGACUUCUCAUUGCCUCCUUUUGAAACACACAUUGUGUGCAAGUGACGGACAUUUUUCCAGUCUUCUGUAUUACAGGCCGUGGCUGAAAAGAGAAGAAAGAAAUAAGAGUUGUUUUCUGUUUUGCGAUUUAUAGAUUUUAUUUAGAGAUUAUAAUCUAGUUUAUAGAUUUUCAAUUGAAUGAAGGGAAUUUUUUGUUGGAAUCCAGUCAGGAUUUGGGUCACUCACAUGGUGUCUGCACUACAUUUCGCACUCUGUUCUGUGUGACCUGCUUUGACCUCUGACCUUUCACAACAUAAACUGGAAUAUUUUUUAUGAUCAAACAAUGAAGGAUUGUGAACAUGAACAUGAUUGCUGCUUUUUUUUCUUUGAUCAGUUAUUUAUUACAAACGAUUGUUUUCAUGAAUGAAUAUUAAACAGCUGCUCAGUGCUACUGAA